AUGGGUCUUCCCUGUGCUCGCAGCUCUCGCCCACUCCACUUGGCUACAGCCUUGUGGCUGCUGUGGUCGGGUCUGUGGCAAGCCGCGCAUGCCUACACGUGCCCGAACUACUGCUCCAGUCGCGGCCUCUGCGUGGCACAGGGCAUAUGCACGUGCCCCAACGGUUGGUCCGGCCCCGACUGCUCAAUAGCAAGCUGCCCGCUGGGAGAAGCGUGGUCCGACCAAGUCACUGCAACGGACGAUGGGCACAAUCUAGCUCCGUGUUCGAACCGUGGCGUGUGCGAACUCGACACUGGAACGUGCACGUGUGACCCCGGAUUCACUGGUGCUGCUUGCGAACGAAUGACCUGCACGUGCAACGGCCACGGGAGCUGCAAGUCCAUGGCCUCGUACGCCUUGAUGAAGGAUCCCGGUCGCGGAACGAUCUACCCGUAUGCGAACAACUGGGACGCCCACAAAAUCUAUGGCUGCGUGUGUGAUCCAGGCUACACCGGCUCAAACUGCAUGAAGAGGAUCUGUCCUGUAGGGGACGACCCGCUCACCGGCACGCUGCAAGACCCCAGCGGGAUCCAACGCAACGAAAAACAGCGCAUCAACUGCAAGGCCACAUCCGGUAGCUUCACACUCACAUUCGCUGGUUAUACAACGGACCCGAUCUUUGCCAGCGAUUCGGCCAGUACGGUCAAGGCUAAGCUGGUUGCGCUACCUUCCGUGACCGCAACUACCGUCACCUUUGGUGGUAUCACACUCACAGCCUGCACGACGAUCGGAAAUGAUAUCAGCAUCGAAUUCACUCAGGAUUUCGGAGAUUUGCCAAACAUAUAUGGCAAUCCAACAGGACUCGCUCACUCUACGCCCUCAGUGCAGCCUACACUCACAUUUACGACGGUGACGCAAGGGACCAAGGAAAGCAUGCCCUGCUCCAGGCGCGGCACAUGUGACCGCACCACUGGCGUGUGCACAUGCUACUCCAACUAUUUCUCGAGCGAUGGCAACGCUGGCAUCGGUCAGCGGGGUGACUGCGGUUUCGUCAGUGGAGCGGUGACAGCAUGCCCAGGAGAAAUCGCCUGCAGCGGUCAAGGCACCUGUCGUGGCCCGCCAACUUACGAUUGUAUUUGCAACGAAGGCUUCACCGGCGGCGAUUGCAACGAGCGGCUGUGCCCUAAAGGCCGAUCCUGGUUCGAUCGCCCGACGGAUACUGCUGACACGGCGCAUGCGCUGGUGGAGUGCUCGAACGCUGGUGAAUGUGACCGGACGAAGGGAGACUGCAUUUGCCUGGCUGGCUUCACUGGCGCAGCCUGCAACCGAAUGCUAUGCCCGAAUGAUUGCAGUGGUCACGGAACGUGCUACACCAUGGAACAGCUAGCGAAGAGAGCGACGCUAAACGGAGAAACGAUGGCGUGGACAUACGGCGCUGUGCCCAACAAAAAGGAGACCUGGGACUAUGAUAUGAUGCAAGGCUGCCUGUGCAGCCCCGGCUGGGAGGGCCACGACUGCUCUUUGCGGUCGUGCCCGACUGGAGAUGACCCCAUGACGCUGCGACAGCAGAACGAAGUGCAGACAUUGGUGUGCAAGGGAAGCUCAGGCUUCUUCAACCUGAAGUUCCGAGACGCAGCGACGCCCCAACUCCCGUUCAACGUUCCAGCCGCCGCACUAGCAAGCGCGCUUGAGGCUCUGACGACUAUCGGCAAAGUCUCAGUGACUUACAGUACGGACACGAAUGCAGUCACAGGCUCUCCCGCCUGCAACGCCGCGGGCUCCAACACGAUGCGCAUCGAGUUCUUGACCAACUUUGGGAAUUUGCCGCCAUUGCGAUGGAUUCUGGAUGGCGCGCUGACGCUGACCAUCAGUGUGGACGGUGUCGGGGGAUCUGUGCAAGGCACAAAAGAAGAGGCUGUUUGCUCCAAUCGCGGCAUUUGCAACCACCUCACAGGUGUAUGCCGCUGCGCUUAUGGCUUCACUAGUAGCGACGGCUUCGGCGGUGAGGGCGACCGCGGUGAUUGCGGCUACAUGGAACCGCUGUACAUCACCUCUGCGGCGCAACAAGCUAACGCGGUUUAG